GUGAAGACAACACGCUGCCGCUUGAAACUCAGCUGCUCUGAAGGCUCAGUUUGGACCGGUUCCUGGCCCUGGUUUCUGGUUCUGGUUCUGGUUCUGGCCCUGGUUUCUCUGUUGGUGUGUGACGUCAUGUCGGCCAUCAGCUGUGUACCUGGACAGUUUGAUGACGCGGAGGAGGACAGCCAAUCAGAGCUGUUGACUGUUGGGAGUCAGAGUGAUGUUAAUGCGGCGCAGUCAGACCAUCAGGAGGAAGAAGAGGAUGAAGAUGUUGAUGAUGAUGAUGAUGAUGAUGAUGAUGAAGACUGGGCGUGGUGUUUGUCGGGAGGAGAUCUGACCAAGAGAUACAACAGGACGAGUCAGAGCUGUCAGGCCAAUAGACAGAAUCCAUCCAAUAAGAUGCUGCCAUCCACUCCGUCUGAUAAAGCUCUGAGGAGAUACGAACACAAGAUCAACCUGGAUAAACUGGACUUUGACGACUCUGUGAUCAAUAAAGUGACGACGAUGCAGAAACAGAAAGAAAACGACACGUUCAGAGUGAAGGACAAGUCAGACAGAGCCACAGUGGAACAGGUUUUAGAUCCUCGGACUCGAAUGAUUCUCUUCAAGAUGUUGAGUCGAGGCGUCAUCAGCGAGAUCAACGGCUGCAUCAGCACCGGCAAGGAGGCAAACGUGUAUCACGCUGUGACCUCAUCAGGAAGCUGUCGCGCCAUCAAGAUCUACAAGACGUCCAUCCUGCUGUUCAAAGACCGCGACAAAUACGUCAGCGGGGAGUUUAGGUUCCGUCACGGUUACUGUAAAGGAAACCCCCGGAAGAUGGUGAGAACCUGGGCAGAGAAGGAGAUGAGGAACCUCAUCAGGCUGCAGACGGCGGGGAUCCCGAGUCCAGAACCUUUACUGCUCAGAAGUCAUGUUCUGCUGAUGAGCUUCAUUGGAAAAGACACCAUGCCGGCUCCAUUGCUGAAGAACGCGGCGUUGUCUGAGUCAAAGGCCCGAGAACUCUACCUGCAGGUUCUGCAGAACAUGAGGAAGAUGUUCCAGGAGGCCCGACUCGUCCAUGCCGACCUCAGCGAGUUCAACAUGCUGUAUCACGAUGGAGACGCUUACAUCAUUGAUGUAUCGCAGUCGGUGGAACAUGACCAUCCGCACGCCCUGGAGUUCCUCAGGAAGGACUGCAGCAACGUCAACGAGUUCUUCGUGAGGCGUGGCGUGGCAGUGAUGACGGUCAGGGAGCUGUUCGACUUCAUCACAGACCCUUCAAUCACCUGCAGCAACAUCGACCAGUACCUGGAGAAGGUGAUGGUGAUAGCAGCUGAACGGACGUCAGAUCAGAGGUCAAAUCAGGAUGCUGUGGACGAGGAGGUUUUUAAGAGGGCGUUCAUCCCGCGGACCCUGACGGAGGUGAGUCACUACGAGCGAGACGUGGAGCAGGUUAGGGAGGACGAGUCGGCCAGUGGACACGACGACAACGUUCUGUACCGGACACUGACUGGACUGAAGAAGGACCUCUCUGGAGCCCAGACGGUCCCCGUGCUCCUGCAGGAAGACCCGUCUCUGUCCUCAGAGGACGAAGGGGACGAGGAGGAUCGGGACCAGCAGCAGAGUGAAGACGGGGACCACGGGGACCAGCAGCAGAGUGGGGACGUCUCAGAGGACAGGAAGGAGAAGAAGAAAAUGGUGAAAGAAGCUCAGAGAGAAAAAAGGAAAAACAAAGUCCCGAAACACGUGAAGAAGAGGAAGGAGAAGGUGUCCAAGAUGAAGAAAGGAAAAUGAUGACUUCCUCUCUGUCUGUCAGCCAAUCACAGCAGGUCGUUGAUGAGCGCUGUAACUGUCUGAAGAAACUUUUAAUAAUAAAAUAUUUAAUCCGAAAAAUCGUUUAUCAUAGAGUGAUCUGUAAGACCAACUUCUGUUUUAUCUGCUGAUAUCAAAUAUCUGUAUGUAUGUGUGUGUGUUAUCAGUGUUGUGGGACACUCUGUGAAGUAGCGUCUCUGAUGAUGUCACCGUACGUGUCAUCACUGAUUGUUAAUCGCUGGUUGUCGAUAAAGAUUUGAAAGUUCAGUAUGACUCAGAGGUCAUCGUGUUUCAGCCAAUCAGAGCCUGAGACACACACACUAGCUGUAUCCCAAAGUCAAGGGUCCUUCCUUGGUACACACGUUUUGUAAGUUAUGUGACAACAUUCAGUGUAAACUGAAAAUACUUAUAUAUUUAAAUGCAUAUUGCGCAGCCGGCGUCGCUGUUUCUACGCUCGCCAUUUUUAAAUCUCCCGGUAGACCGGUGUGCGCAAGGCAUUAUGGGUAGUCGGAGCGCACGGAGGAUACACACAUGCAUCCUUGGAAUUUGGGCAGAAGAAGGCAAUGGCUGCGUCUCAUGUCGUCUAUUUCGCAUCCCUGCUUCCCUCACUUGCGCCUUAGUCCCACCCACUGGGGAUGCAUGGAGAGACGCAAGUGAGGGAAGCGAGGAGAGGGGAAACGAUUUAAGAGACAUGCA